GUGCCUUUCUCUCACUCUUAAAGGGCAAAUAGACAAAUAUAGAUCCAAUAACUCAGCUCUUUGCUUUUGACUCACUCUUUUUACAUCUGCUUAGUCUGCUUCAAUGGCUGAACCUGGUUCACUAACUACGAAGAUGAUGUCUUUAAUGCCUGAAAGCAGCAAGCUGCAUGUAGCCAUGACAAUUUUUCAAUUUGGGUAUGCAGGAAAUCAUGUGAUUUUGAGAGCUGCACUUAACAUGGGCAUAAGCAAGCUUGUUUUUCCUGUUUAUAGGAAUCUCAUUGCACUGCUUCUGAUGGCUCCCUUUGCUUAUUUCAUGGAGAAAAAAGACCGACCAGCACUGAAUAUUUCUUUUCUUAUGCAGUUCUUCCUCCUUGGAUUUGUUGGAAUUGCAUCAAAUCAAAUAUUUUACUUGUUAGGAUUGGAUAACACAUCGCCUACGUUUGCUUCAGCUACAGAGAAUGCUGUGCCUGCUGUAACAUUUAUCUUGGCUGCCUUAAUCAGAUUAGAGCAAGUUCACUUGAAUAGGAAAGAUGGACUAGCUAAGGUACUUGGGACACUAACUUCCUUUGUUGGAGCUUCAGUCAUAACCCUAUACAAGGGACCAUCCAUUUACAAGCCAAAUUCAUCUCCAAACCAAUCUGAGUUAUUGUUUUCAAUAGGAAAUGCGAAUGCAAAAAGUUGGACAUUGGGUUGUAUUGCUUCCCUUGGGCAUUGCUUGUGUUGGUCCAGCUGGAUUGUACUGCAAGCAAUAUUCUUGAAGAAUUUCCCUGCUCCAUUUUCAGUUUAUUCAUUUACUUGCUUCUUUGGCAGUCUGCAACUUUUGGCAGUUGCAGCCUAUGUUGAGAGAGAUCCCCAAACCUGGCAGGUUCACUCUAGUGUCGAACUCUUUAGCCUUCUUUAUGCGGGAAUGGUUGUUUCAGGGAUUGGAUUUGCAAUACAGAUAUGGGUCAUACAAAGGGGUGGUCCAGUUUUUGUUUCAGGCUACCUGCCUUUGCAGACUAUGCUUGUAGCUGUAACGGCAUCAAUUGCUUUAGGCGAGGAGUUCUACUUGGGAGGCAUUAUUGGAGCUGCACUAAUUAUAGCCGGCCUCUAUCUGGUGGUUUGGGGAAAAAGUGAAGAGAGCAAGCUUGUCAUCUCAAAAGCUGUAACUUCCUCAAUGUUUGUGAACUAUCCAAUAAACAGUACAGGCAAAUCCUGUCUGGUGCAACCAUUACUUACUGUAUCCAGUGAAUAGACAUUUUUGAGACAAUGGUUGUACAUUUUACCUGUCUAAUUGUAAUUCCAAGUGAGCAGAUUAGAAGCAGGUUCUGCAAAUGAAGUGAAUGAGCUGGUGUCUCCAAAGAAAAUGAUAAAGAAAGUGAAAAGAAAAAGUGCCACCACAAGAUUCAAUGACCCAGAAUAGCAGAAAGAAAUACUUAUUGGCAAGUGUUUCUAGAACUUGCUAUAGAUUUAUGUCACUUUCCAAUUUAAAUUAGCAUGCUAUUUAAAAUCUUCUUUUCUCCUCAUCUCAAUAACUGAUUGGAUACAAAAAUAUUUCAGGAUAUCACUGUAAUUCAAUUGAUUAGUGAAUGAAUAUUAGUCCAUUAAAAGUCUA